GGGGUGUGCGCGGCGCGCAUGCGCGGCGCGGAUAAAUGGCGGGGGUUGUCCCGCCUGGCGGAAGCUUAGCUUUCCAACAUGGCGGGGGAGGCCGACGGGCCGUUCAAAGGGCUGCUGGUGCCAAUUCUUUUACCUGAGAAAUGUUACGACCAGCUCUUCGUGCAAUGGGACUUGCUUCAUGUUCCCUGCCUCAAGAUUCUCCUCAGCAAAGGCCUCGGGCUGGGCAUCGUGGCUGGGUCACUUCUCGUCAAGCUGCCCCAGGUAUUUAAACUCUUGGGAGCCAAGAGUGCAGAAGGACUGAGUCUCCAGUCAGUAAUGCUGGAGCUAGUGGCACUGACCGGAACCGUGGUCUACAGCAUCACCAACAACUUCCCCUUCAGGCCUGCCUUUUUCCUCCCACCCCUUGACUCUGCAGCUCUUGGGGUGAAGCGCUGUUCCUGACACUCCAGACCGUUGCCAUCUGCUUCCUGGUCAUGCACUACAGAGGAGAGACCGUGAAAGGAGUCGCUUUCCUUGCCUGCUAUGCCAUGGUCCUGCUGGCGCUGCUCUCCCCGCUCACGCCUCUGGCUGUAGUCACUCUGCUCCAGGCCUCCAAUGUACCUGCCGUGGUGGUGGGGAAGUUGCUUCAGGCAGCCACUAACUACCGCAACGGACACACAGGCCAGCUUUCAGCCAUUACAGUGUUUAUGCUGUUUGGGGGCUCCUUGGCCCGAAUCUUCACUUCUGUUCAGGAAACUGGAGACCCCCUCAUGGCUGGAGUCUUUGUGGUCUCUUCUCUCUGCAAUGGCCUCAUUGCUGCCCAGGUCCUCUUCUACUGGAACGCAAAGGCUCCCCACAAACAGAAAAAGGAGCAAUAGAGCUGAGCUCGCUUCUAGAACAAUUCCAUUUCCACUCAUCCUCAGAGUCCUCCCCACAUGACUUGAUCUGCGGGUGCAGUGUAAGCACCCUCCAUUCCUCUAACUGCAGCCUCCUGAGCCAGGGUUGUGGGAGCAGUAAAGCUUGUGUAGGCCCUGCCUUCACUCACUCACUUCCCCAGAUCCCUCCUUGUGAGCAGCUGGUUUACUGGAGCAGAUGCUCUGGCCCUGUCCACUUACCUUCCUUUUGGACCAAGGACAGAGCCUAGAAAACUGUGGUUGGAAGCUAGUGGCUGCUUCCCUGUGCUGCCCGGGUGGGAUGGUCUAUUGGAGCCCAGUUCUGGGGGUGAGGGAGAGUGACUCAGAUAAGGGCCCUGGGGUUGGGUGGGGAGGUUCCUGCCGAGGCAGGUCCUGGCGGAAGGGUGUGUGAAGGCGCUGGUUGCUGCUGUAGGGAGAGAAUACAAAUGGGACAAUAAAAGACUCCGAAACAUGGUUUUAAUUGUACAAAA